AUGCCAUUCUCUCGGUAUUUGCAACCUCUUUGGUCCAACGGAAAGCGUGUAGCAGAUGCUAAACUUAAGGAUAUCAAGAACUACUUGAACCUCAUUCCUCCGGCAGAUCAUCCUUUUUAUGUUAACCUUAUUGGUAACGAUACACUCGAGGAAGAUACAGAAGGGUAUAAUGCAGAGCUGGAUUUCCAAAUGCAAGAGGAUUGA